UGUCGUUUUAAUACUCAUUCUGUUGUCCCGUUUACCCCCUAACUGGGAUUACUUGACAGCGUGUAUUGGAGUAGUGUAUGUUUUGCGAUUUACCUUGUUGCGAUUAGCAGAAAGUCUCCCCCUUGUUAUUCUUGUCCAUACAUGCCCAAACAUGUUUGCUAUUCCCUUGUUGCAAUUCUCGUCGGUGCAUGCCCGCACAUGUUCGCGGUAGUGAAAAUCUUGCAACACAUCAUUGACUGCAGGCUUCAGUAGUAAAGAGCGCAGCGGGCUUGGCGACCCCUCUACUCCCCUUGGGUCCACCUAACAAGCUCGAAACCUUAUGAAUAUAUCCUGCAGGUACUGGAAUAAAGAUUUAUCGCAAAGAUAAUCAUCUGCUGCACGUCGUAUUUUUUUAAAGUAAGAAAUGGUAAAGACUCGCUCUCAGCUUGUUAAACGCUAUAUGUAGGAAAUAAUAACAACAAUAUCAGAGCAUUUUUUGUUCUUUAUUUCGUUAUUUCCAAGAGCUCAUUAUUUUAUGCGAGUCAUCGAAAAAUUAAAAAUUUCUGCUUUGCUGUCGUUAAAGUAGCACGAAAGCGCACUCGAAUAGCAAAGGGCAUACUGACAAGCAUAACAAAUGCACACGCUAACGACAACAAUAACUACUAACAAACACAACCCUUCAUUUCUACUGUCUGAAUUCGCAGUAGAAGCGUAUAAGCGCUUUCACAAGAACAAGCACACUGCUUGAAGAAAGCCUAAAGGCCUGUUCCGACAUAUAGCUGCGCGCUAAUACAGAGCUACAAAACAGCACGCAAAAACAGCGCUCACUGUUAUCGGACGGUUCACACUUGCAAAGCGGCGCAAGCGCUAUAAUUUAGUGGAAGUUAUCGUUUCCGGUCUCUCCCAGCAUGACGCCUCCAGAGUUCGACAGCGACGGAAAAAUUCGAUCAACUGACUGAACACCUUAUCAAGAAGGACAAUCAGAAAAAUUAUCAGGCAUUUGGGAUGACACACUCGCCGGUUCCAAUGCGGUCGCCAUGCCGUGAAAUGCGGAAGCAAAACAGCUCCACGACUUUCGCGACGUCACCACUGAAGGGCCUCCUCAUUGGCCAACACGAAUGUAGUGCUAAUAUUAACGCUGAAAAAGUUGACUGAAGCUCAACUCCGGCAAGCACUAAUUUUUAGCGUUUCCGAGCACUACGAGGAGGAAAAUAUCGCCCUAUUUUGUAGCGCUAUAUAUCAAAUCGCUAUAUGUCGGAACAGGCCUUAACAGAUGUAGCUCAACGCAGCCCUCCCCACAAUCACCGUGUUGAAGGCCGUCUUUUCUUUCUGAUUUUGCUUUAAAAACGUAGCUUAAACAGUUUUUCGCACAUACCAUUUCUGCUUGCUACAUGACGCGUCCUAUCAUGUAAUAAAGCAGGGCAAGAAUUACUAAAUUUAGCACACAAAAAAAAUAUUUUGCGAUACCGAUUCGCAAUUCGCUUUCAUGAGCAGGCACAUCCCUUCCCUUGUUUGUUCACAACUUCACAGAACGCAUGAACUUUAAACACUAUUACUUAAAAUGCAACAAAUUACUGCAGAUUCGUCUCGCGGGGACUGGAAUUUCUACCCUCUGCGUUAAGCGCUCAGAUACCCGCAUUUUGCUCAAAUAGCAAAAUAGCUCUAUCUCUGCAAAAAGUAAGCACCUUCAACAAGUUCAUAGUUCCUGUCAUGCCUUAUCGAGCAAUGUGCAUACCGACAGACAUGACAAAACACAGAACAAACACACCCAUUUCUUCUAACAGAACUCAACUGUACACAAUGAGGCACGGAGCAACCCCGGCAAAACAAGGGCUGACAUAUUCAGUGAGCAGUGAAUUUUUCUUGAACAGCAUAAUACCACAUACCUUGAAUUUUACCCCGAAAACUCAGCUUGAGCACAGCAAUGGGCAUGACAAAUGCACGUGCUAAACAAAAAAAACUGACAAACACACGCUUGCACUGAUACUGUCUGAACUCGCGUCAAGUGAGUGCCAAGAUAAGAACAAGCACUCCGGUUCUUGCUGUUGUUGUUGCUUGAUGCAGCCUUCGCUGUGAAGACCGCGUGGAAGGCAUGUAAAAAUCGAUUCGAAUCCUGGUGAAAUAGCGCGUCCACAGCAAUCACUUCACCUUGCUUGCAGGCCACCCUGCACCCAUCUCUUUCCAGAAAACGCGAUGAACUUUAUUGUUAAUCAAUAUCGCGCUACAGUACUUUUCUUUCACACGAAAAGGCGUACACAAUGCGGAGAUUACUUACUUACUUUUCAAGUGACUUUCUAGCUUCACAAAUACACACGCCCACACACAUAUUUCAUACACACAACGAGCGUCGCCUAUUCAAACUCUCAAAAGUGUCUUCCCAACCACAAAAGUGCACAUUAUUCCUCAGGUCAAUAAUUAUCCAACGACAAAAUACGAAACACACAUAUGCCAGUGAUACAAAGGACAGCGCGUCUUCGCACCGGAUGUAAUAGGAACUUCCACGCAGACGACGCCAGCUAAAAACAAAUAAAGCAGCUCACAAAUGAACAUUGCCAUUGCGUACAGAAAGACGUCGAGCUCCAUGCAGUAAUAAAAAGAGAUGAAUAACACAGAAUUGGAAUUCGUUGUAUCUUGCUUUAUUCACUUGCACAAAAAUAUUUUGAAACACUACUACAGAGUGAGCCAAGCAAAUGAGCAAAGAAUACAUCUGCAUCCGCUAUACACACAGCACCUCUAAGCCAUUUUUAAAUCAAACGAGAUUGCAUGUAUUCAUUAGUAUGCUAUAAUAAUCGUAACAAAAAAAGAAAGGAAUGCAUGUUCGCUAUACAUCCAAGAGAAAACGGUGCCGAGCUUUUGCGCAGCAAUUAUGAUACAGAAGGGAAUUCACUUAUUUUAGCUUUUAUUUCGUUGCACCCAUAUAUUUUGCAAGAAUACUAUAGAGUGGAACGGGUAAAUGUGAACAUCAUUCGCUACACGCUGUAGCUCUCACCAUUUUUAAACCAAACCAGUUGACAUGUGUUCAUAAGCAUACGACCUUUCACUAAAUAGGUAAGUUGCUAAUGACACUCACAAAACUGUCAUCCCAACAUCAUUGCAAUGCGCGCCCAUCAACAUGCCUUGGACUCACUUUGCACAGAUACGAUACCUUUCUGAAUAUAUCCUAAUGCCACCGCAAUGAAAUGUUUAUCGCAAGGAUAAUCAUCUGCUUCGCGUCGUAUUUCUUUUUUUUUAAGAGGGUAGAAAUUAUCGUCUCCGUGAAUCGAAUCUGGAUUUUACUGCAAUUUAUUGGAAGUAAGUGUGAUUAUUGGAUUUUCAUAGCCAAUGUGAACAAAAAACGUACGGUUGUGUGCACGCUCAUGGAAGCAAAUUUCGAAAUGGAAUGGUGAAAAUGACUUUCGUAUGCUAAAGUUACUAAUUCUUGCCAUGCUUCAUUGCAUGACAGGACGCGGAAGUCGCAGGAAGGAAUGAGAAGUAAGAAAAACUUGGAGCGCUUAAUUGCUAGUUAACCGUGUUUUAAAAGCAAAAUCAGAAAGAGAAGUCGUUUUUUGUGAAUCAUGCCGCCUCCCACCCGGCUAUUGUGGCGAGGGCUGUGUUGAGCUACAUUUGUUAGGCUUUCUUCAAACGGGUGCUUGCUCUUGGAAUUGCUCACGAAUUUAGCGCGAAUUCAGACAGCCGAAAUGAAUGAGUGUGUUUGUUAAUUGUUUUUUUUUUUUUUUCAAUUGUUGUUUGUCAAUGUUAGCUUUUGUCGGGCUUGUAGCUCUGUUCAAGUUUAGAUUUCCUGGUAAAACUCAGGGUGCGUACUAUUACGCGGUUCAAUAACUUUCGGACAGUAGAAAAGGGGGUGUGUGUUUGUGUAUGUGUUCUGUCAUGGUUGGCAGUAGGCACUUUGCUUCAUAAGGCAUGACACGCAUUAUGACAUAUGUGUUGAUGAUGGUGCUUAAUUUUGCAGCCGUAGCGCAGAAAAUUGGGUAUCUGAGCGUUGAAUGCAAAUUUUCGUCUCUGUGAGACGAAUCUGCUGCAACUUUUUGCAUUUCAAGUAAUAAUAUUUAAAGUUCAUAGCGAACGUGAACAAAAAAAGGAGCGUUGUGUGUCUGCUCAUGAAAGCAAGCUGCAAAACGGAAUGGUGAAAAUGCAUUUCAUAUGCUAAAUUGAUUCAUUCUUGCCCUGCGUCACUUCAUGACACAUCAUGUAGCAUGCAGAAAUGGGGGUUGAGGAAAACUUGGCGCGCUUUAUGGAUAAUAAUAAUAAUAAUUGGGGGUUUACGUCGCGAGACAACUGAGAUCGCGCUUUGUGGAUAGUGCGCUACUUUUAAAGAGCAAAAUCAGAAAGAAAAGAUGAUUUUCGCGCAUUGAGUAAGCCUGUUGAUCACUUUGAGUGGUCCAGGCUCGCUUAUUAUUUUCUCAUCUUCAAUAGGGACAGUUAUUUUAGACAGAAGCAACAGCGUCCAUGAAGAGAGCGAUGAUCAGUAGUUUCUUGAAUUGUUGUACAAAAAGUGUUGAUAUGGUUCUUAAUGAUUGAAAGUAGAAAAAGCGCUUUUUGAUACGUUUAUUUAGUCAUUUGGUAAGUCUUCGAGGAAAUAGAGCUUAAUUGCAAGGCUCAGUUAUUUUUUUUCUCAGCCUUUGGGCAUGAAUGGGGAUGGUGUUUCCCUUAAUGGGGGGGGGAGUGAAUAUAAUUUAUGACUGUUAAAAAUUAGGGUAAUUUGAUAUGAUCUUCAAUAACAGGAGCAAUGGCAUUUUUUUGUACUAGUAGUAGUUUUUGUAAUCUUUAAUGUAAGAAUGAAAAUCAGUAAUAGCGCAGUAAAGAAAAUAAUAUGGCGAUGUAAAUUCGAUUAAUACCUGGGAUCAUGAAACAAUCCUGUCUGGCGCGCAUUCUUCAGUCCUGAUAGCAAGAGCGAAUUAGCAAGAGCGAACAAGAACUUUGGAACGUUGACCGUUGGGGCGGUGGUUGGGUGCUCACAGGAGCAGCCUCAGACAAUGGGAGGAAAUGAUGACGUCAAACAGCGCGCUGUCUGGUGGACUAGUACUCAGUGUUGGCAAGUUGGAGGAUUUCCCUCCGAAUCUGGAGGAUUUGUGCCGGAGCCUAGCGGGUAGAAUGUCGAUUUGGAGGGCGGAGGGAAAUCUGGAGGGUUCGGUUUCACUUCGGUGGGAUUUCAGAGGAAUUUCAACUUUCGUAAUGUACCCAUAAAAUGUUUGCUAAUACGACCCCAAAACGGGCUCAACGGAUGGCAGAUGACAAACUGCAGAAGUUUCAGAACGUCUGAUGUUUUAGAAAGUAGCGUGUUGCACACCUUAUGCGGCUUACUCGGGGGGUUUCUUCGUGCUUGGUGUGCUGGCGUCUGCUCCGGCGAAGCAUCCGCUCCUCUCAGUGACGGCGGACGCGUGUUGGUUUUUGCAUGCUCUGUGGAGCUCAUUGGAUAUUUCGCGAGUCUGUUUGCUUCUGGGGCACAAUAUCCCUCCUCACAAUAAUGGUAUAAAGCAAGGUCUAAGUUCUGCUGUUGCACUCUUACUGCGAAGCGCAAGGACUUUCAUGAUCAUGCCCUAACAGCAAAGCACAGAGAGGGGGGGGGGGAUAUGUUUAAUGCAAAGUAAGAAAAAAGGGAAGGGAAAGGUUAGCCACGGUGUGGGCUUGCUAUUCCCUAAUGCUUUCAAGCAAACAAAAGAAAACAGCUGGGAUACAGAAAAUUAUCAAAAAAUACAGAAGAAACAGCUCCUUCACUAAUCGUUGCGCAUAGGACGCAUCAAAGAAUGCCCAGGAGUUUAGAUUCCCGAAGGAAUCGUGUCAGACGUGAUUUCAGCGUGCUGGGUAGGGCCAAGUAGCACCGCGAGGGAAAGCUCUCGGUAGCCUAGAUGAGCAAGGCGGCGCCGGAGACUCGAUCGGUGAUCUUCGUACCGCUGGCAGGCAAUGAGAAUGUGUGGCACAUCGGCUUCUACAUUGCACGUUGGGCAAAGAGGUGAUGGGUGCUGAUUCAUCUUAAAUAGGAGGAGAGGAGUUCGGGCCACAUUCAGCCGCAGCCGAUGAAGCAGCGAUUCCUCGAUGCGCGGGAUGCGGCCAGGCACAGCAUAUGUCAUUAAAGGGUCAAUGGAUUUAAAGGGUCCCUGACCAGUGAUUUUGGAGCCGUUUUCGCGAUUGAGAUCGAUGGAAGGCAUCAAGAGGAGCUUCUCCACCAAUUUGCGUGCUUUCAAGCAGAGUAGUUUUUCUAAAAUCGAAUUUCCAAAAUCCUGCGUCAAUCCCGUUCAGCACGCCAAGCGUCAAACCGAGGAAGCGCCCGCGCAUAAAUUAAAACAUAUGCAAGUGACGUGUGCCGUGACGUCGAGCCGUACCCAACCACAGUCUGGAAUUACGUAGGUGUGGUUGUGACAUCAGCAUGAGCUUGUAACCCAUUAUUUGUACAAAAUGAUCCUUGUACGUGCAUUUCUAAAUGUUAAAAUGUGCAGGAAUAAAAAGUAUACCCAGUAUCUCACAUCUUUGUCGUGCGUUGUAAUUACUUCGACCCGCGCUAAUCCGAUUAGCGCGCGACGGAGAAGAUUAUUGCAGACGCUACUUUCGGAAACCGCGGUGCUUUGUUUUGGAGAUUCUGUCUGCAGUUUCUUGCGUUUCUCACAGUUGAUCGUUACUGAUCAUACGUGAUACGAUAUGUGAUCGUGCUGUGAACGCUCACUGUUCGCCGAAUAUGCCUGGAUACGGAUGUCUGGUUGAAGGGUGUCCGGAUGCGGCGUACUCAUCGGAUAUUCGGUUUCAUGGUUUACCAAGUGACGACCAGCGGCGGCAGCAAUGGCUUGCGGCAGUCCCGUCACGACUCUGGCAAGGUAGAAAGCUGGAGAACAUUCGGUUCUGCGAACGGCAUUUUACACCUUCCGACUACGUGAUGCACCCCUCUGUGUCACGACGACUUGGACUGCAGCGACAGAUGUACCGCCUGGAGAAGACGGCAGUUCCUUCUUUGAAUCUAGCUGCAGUUGCAGAGGUUAAUGUUUCGCCUGAUGCUGUUGUGUCUCAUCAGCACAGUAUGGACAUUUCGCGAACUAUUAUUCGUCAGUCUCGUUCACUUCAAACAGCUAAUCAUCGGACAUAGAGUAGAUCAUAUGAAAGUAAUCAUAAAGUAUAGUUCUCCGUAUUAUAAACACGCAAUUUAUAGACGACGGAGGUUUCGGUUUUUAGGCUAAUACAGAUGAACACUUCCAAGGAGGUCAUGCUGUUCUUCUAACUGUACUUUAGGUGAAACAUCAAACUUGUUAUGUUUUCCCUAGGGUGAACAAUGAACAACAUGGAAAAUGUAGCACAUAAGCUCUUAUUUGUCAGAUGAAGAAUUAGGUAAAGACCCUUGUCGUCUUUUUGUUCAUGGUUCUCAAUACUCAUGCUGAUCGUCACAUGGAAGUCGAAGACUCUCAAGCUGACUGGCCGGAAGUGGUCACAUGUCGUGAGUCUCAUCAGACUACUACCACUAGCCGAGCUGCCUCAUUAGUGGAACUUUCCCACCUGGACCUUCCUGUUGGACAUGAGGAAACUGCAGGCGAUGCAAGUCCUUCUGACCUCGAGAUGGACUACUACGAUCUGGCAAUCCCACUUGAGCACGAGGAAGUGGUAUCUGCCAGCCAUGACCUCCCAUGCUACUCAGGAGCUGCAUCUCCAACUAAGCACUGGCCAACGGCAGCAGUAGAGGUCCCGGCUGAUCCCUCUGCACGUAUACUUGAGGGAACUGAGUACCAAAAGUGCCUCGGAUCAUGCGGUGCUUGUUGUACAAGACGGAAGGGAACAACAGUAGCUACACAGACAACAGCAUCGGACUUCAGAUCUGCUGGCUUGGUCAGCACCUCCACCCAAUGCAACAUGGAGCUGGAGCGGUUGGUAGCUCUAAGGUCGACCGCUGUGCAAACGGAUGACGCCACUCCUGCCAUGGCAGCCCCUCUGACAUCAUCACCAGUGCAUCCCCGUCCACAAGAGCUUCCACCAUGCCCAGAGUCUCCGAUCCUGCAUUCUUCACCAGCUGAGGCAGGUGGCAGUGAAGAUGAGGUCGAUGAAGGAGACCGGACAUAUUACCCUUCAAUGGAUGGGAGCACCUUAGAGGAGACACAAAGCGAGACAAAGCUCUACGAGGAGCCAAAAUACAUUGUUUUCGAGAGCUGCCUCACCGAGCUGUUCAAGACAUGCCGGGAGUGGUUCCAGCCCUGCAGAUGCUCCUUUACGACCAGUGGAACAUUGGUGACAGUGCUGGCGGAGUGUCACCAGGGUCACACCUUUCAGUGGACGGGCCAGCCACACAUAGGCAAAAAGGCAGCAGGGAAUGCCUUGCUUUCUGCUGCACUUCUGUAUAGCGGCUCGAGCCCCACCUGCACUUUACGCAUGCUGAGGCAAAUGCGUGUCCAGGUGCUCACAGACAGCCAGUAUUACCGGUAUCAGGGUGCAUACCUAUUCCCUACGGUCAAUAAGGUAUACAAACAACAACAGCAGGGGCUCCUCGAGGACCUGGGCGCCGACCCCACUUCUCUUGCCUCAGAUGGCAGGUGUCACUCGCCUGGCCACAGCGCAAAGUUCCUGACUUACAGUCCAUGGAAGUGCAGGCUAGCAGCCAUAUGGAGAAGGAGGGUCUUGUGCGAGGACUGAAGUUUAUGGAGGACAACCAUGUCCAUGUGGCCUCACUCACGACUGACCGGCACCCGGCCACAAAAAAGUACAUGCGCACCGCCAAGCCAG